AUGGCUCGUACUAAGCAAACUGCUCGUAAAUCCACCGGUGGAAAGGCUCCACGUAAGCAACUGGCUACCAAGGCAGUCAGGAAAAGUGCCCCAGCUACUGGUGGUGUGAAAAAACCUCAUCGUUACAGGCCCGGUACCGUUGCUCUUCGUGAAAUCAGACGUUACCAAAAAUCCACCGAACUUCUCAUCAGGAAGCUUCCUUUCCAGAGACUUGUUCGUGAAAUCGCUCAGGACUUCAAGACUGAUCUUCGUUUCCAGAGUUCUGCUGUGAUGGCUCUUCAAGAAGCUAGCGAAGCUAAUUUGGUUGGUCUUUUCGAAGAUACCAACUUGUGUGCUAUCCACGCUAAGAGAGUGACCAUCAUGCCCAAGGACAUCCAGCUUGCCCGUCGUAUCCGUGGCGAGAGAGCUUAAGUUGCUUUUAGCAUUGUAGAAUGGCCCUUUUUAGGGCCCCUAUAUUAUAUCGAAAGUCCCCUCGGUUGAUAUGCUUUUCGCUUAGUUACAUUUUUUCAGGUUUC